GUGGCGAUUAACAUCAAACCCUCCCGUAAUCGAAAUACUGAUCCGCGAUCCUGAUAUAAAAAUAUCAAUUGAAUUUUCGGAGGAUGCCCCUCCAAGGAAAAGAGGACGACCUAAAGGAAAAAACAGGGUUCCACUCACUCAGGAAGAGCGGAAAGCGCGCAAUGCCCACUAUGAGAGGGAGAGAAGAGGCGCCUACUCCAACGCUCUGAACCAUUUAGCGUCGGUUCUUGAAUGCCCGGACUCAAUGUCAGGCGACGAUGUUAUAAAGAUGGCAUCCCGUUUCAUCAAAAAAUUAACUAACACGAAUAAUAGAGAAAGCCUGGAUUUUCUAAGACACGUGGAUGGCCUACUUAAUUAUCAAAUUGAAAAGUUAUGUCCGCAACUAGGUAUUAGCGUCGACGAAAUAGAUAACCUCGAGAUAGGUAUUCUUGAUGCUAAUACCAACGAGAUACCCGAAGACAUUCUUACAAGAGCCAACGCCAUACCCAAAAUAAGCACUCCAAUCGCUAAUGCCUACGACGUAGAUGACAAUGCAAAAGACGAGACAGCACAACUCAAAACUCACAAUAAAAAAAGGGGUAGAAAAAGGAGAAAGCUUGAAGCAUCACACAAUCAGGCAUGCCCCUCUGAAAAAUCAACACCAUCGCAGUCCGGUGUUCAAUCGACAUCAUCAAAACGAACAGUCUCAAACAGAAAUUGCUCUAACACUACUAUACGACCACCAAGUUCUUCCUGUGAAUGGUCUUCGAACCUUGAACCGUUCACAUCUUAUCCGUCAAUAUCUUCAAGUGAAGGAUCGGUGUACCCAUCGAAAGAUGGGUCAUCCUCAUUAUCAUCAGUUGAGUACCCACCAGUUUCUGGAUAUACAGGAGAUCUAAGAUCCUCAUUUCAAUGGAUGAACUCAAUUGCCACGUUAUCGAAUGAAAGGAUGACACCAUACCGAAAAUCACAAGGUGCUGUGCCAUCAUCUAUAAAAGUGACUUCAAGUGCAGAUCCCUCGAGCUUGCCAGGUAUUUCAGCAUCCGCUGAAAGUCUGGCAGCAUCUGUUCAUCACGUUAAACAUGGAUGCUCAAAUGUUCCUAUCAGUCAACCAGGAGCAUGGUCGUUGCACUCAGUUCAACCAUUCACAUUUGAGACAGCAUCAUCAGAGUCUUCUACAUUUGAGACUCUUUCACCCGAAACUAUUUCUGCAGUCUACCCAUAUGAAGAUGCCUCACAUGAGACUGACAAUGUCAUUUCAUAUGAGUCUUCGAUGCAUGAAAGUCCUUCUCCAGAAGCUGUUAUCUCUGACGGUUAUAACAGAAAUGCCUCUUCCUGUGGGACUGCUUCAUAUGACACUGCUUCACACGAGACUGCUUCACGGGACACUGACUCACCCGAGAUCAUCAUACCUGAGUGUAUCAUGCCUCAGCUGCUUGCCUGCUUUCCAGUCUGGCCUACACCGGAAUCUAUGCAAUCGACAUCUCCGCCAAAUUCCGACUUGCAGUGGUCGAACACAGAGAUUCAAUCAGUGCCGCAGUUGCAACAGCAAAAUCCAACUUUGCAAUGUGAUCAUCCAGAAUGGUUCGGCCAGCAACCAUAUUAUUGCGAGCCUCAAACCAACAUUAACAAUGCAGCAACCUUGUCUCAAUCACCAUUUCCUCAUCUGGAGGAGCUGUCUGCGCCAGUGCAACAUCCUUGGCCGACGCUCUCUCACGAAACUGAUCAGAUGGCGAACGAUUUCUUCAUACAAACCGAUGGUUUGGCUAACAAUUAUUUUGAAGAAUACUUUGCGAAUGUGUAGAUAGGUGACGUUGAGUACUGACAAUAUCCAUUAGUACUUUGUUGGUCAUUUGACAUAUAUCCUAUUUCAAAUACCGACUUUUGUCUACCUUAUACAGGUGUCAUAUGACCAAAAAGGUUUUCUGGGUUCAUUAUUCCAUAUCUUGAUUUAAGAAAAGUCAAUGAUGCAAGCAAAUUAUCGAAUUUCACACUUUGUUAGUGUUUAGUUAAUAUUUUUUCGGAUAAUCUUGUUAGAAUAAUUGUUAUAUUGACUUAUUUCAGCUACUUGAAAGCUUACCUCAGAAAAAUAUUACUGUGAAACAGUUUGUGAUGUCUAAGGUUUUUAAGUAAUCGCGCCAAUAAAUUAGCCUAAUAUUUUAAUAUUAACUUAACUGCAAUAUUACAAUUUUGAGUAAUAAUAAUGAUAAGUGCCUUAUAAGUAAGUUUUUGACAUUUUAAUGUAUUGUCAAUCAAUUUUCAUCCUUUUAUUUAUCCAGUGGUUUUUAGCAUUUGUAAUUAAUUUUUGUCAUAAAUACUACGUAAUUUACUUAUUUCUAGUCACAUUUUGUAUCCUGUGUAAUCUUGGUCUUUUAAUGUAAUUUAAAGUUUUAUUAUUAAUUCAUUAUUCCCUGUGCAAUUAUAACAUUACGUAAUUUAGUGCAACAAAAGGAUGACUAAUCGUUUUAAACGUGCAUUACUUAAUUGUAUUGUAUGAAUGUAUUUGUUUGUAUAAUUAAUU